CUUUCCUCAACCUCCUCUUAACUUUUCCGGGCAUGUUCUGCCCCGUAUACUGUCUGUGUACAAGUUCUGAUCAGUUUUGAUUUGAACUGUUCGCAGACAGGGUCCGAGAGCCGGACGCCGUAUUGGCAUUUUCAUCUCCCUUCCUCAACAGCACACAGGCGCCCUGGCAUCAUGUUCCCGCGUAAUCUCCGGGAAAUGAAGCCCCGACCUCCGGUGCUACUGUAUCUUUCAACCUUUGUUUGAACUUUCCUAAAUUAUGCCGUCAGACAAAGUUCAUCAUAUAAACAUAAUUUCUGGACUUUUAGUACAUACCUAUACUGGGAUUAUUUAAAUAUAUUUGUUUUUUUUAUUGGUUUAUGUAUUUUUAGUAAAUGAAACUUUUUAUAAUUGAAUUUAGGGUCGACCCAUAUUUUUUUUCUUUCUGAAUAUACCUGAGAUCUGUUUUAAGUACUUAAAGGAUAUUUUAUGUUUAUAUUUUUUAAUAUCUGUUAUAAAUUUUCCUUUAAUAAAUUUGACGUAAUUAUAUUCAUAUGGAAUCACACCUUGUUUCUGUUCAUUUCUAAUAACAUUGUGAAACCUGAAAGAUCCCCAGCACAGUGUAAAGCUCCAAGGAGGCAUAUAAUCGUGUAGAGUUGGUCCGGUGAGGGAAAGAGCGCAUAGUAUUAAUAAACACUGCGAUGAUAGCUGUAAUUUUAUUCAAAAGUAUCUGGGGAAAACAACUAGCAUGAACUAUAGCCCCGCCUGGGCUAAUAAAGGCCUGAAAAAAAAAAAAUUUAGAGCCCUGCCGAAAAUCCUAUUCUGUCAUCUCAAAAGACUUUUGUCGCAGCAUCGUCACUAUAUAGAUAUGAGUUAUUCAUUUAAAUUAAAAAUCUUUUAAAUUUAAAAUUGAAUUGUGAAAUAUUAAAUGUAAUUGUAAAAGUUUCCCGUAAGUUGCUGCUUUGGGAUGCACUCAGGAGAGGCGCCAGCAAAAGGAAGUCGGCAGUUAGAGAAAUUGCCCAAUCCUUCAUUACGAGUCCCUAGCCGGUCUUUUAUACCCCACCUGAGGGCCCAGGCGUGACGUCUGAAGGGCAGGAAUUCCGGGAAUCGCCGGCCUGCGUGCCGUGUCAGAGCCUCCUAGAUGGGAAGCCAGACCAUAGAUUUGUGACUUCAGCGCUUGACGACCGACAGCAGGUAAGAAGCUCAGGGCGGUAGGCGGGCGGCCAGGACUGUUUACUACCCGCCGUUGCUUGGACAACUGCAGCUCUGUGACACUGCCGUUUUAAUGUUCAUUACCUUGUUCGAGGAAGUGAAAAGGUGGAAAGUCACAACAAUAUUUUUAAGGGAUAGUUAAAACAGUAUCCAAAAAAUUUCAUUUAUUUUAAAUCCCUGCAUAUUUUAUCUGUUAAAAUUGUGAACAUUUACAUAAUUGAGUUUUUAAAAGGGUGCCAGGAAAGUGUACACCUAAAAACGUAAAAAAUUAUUUUUUAGACAGUUAACACAUUAGUCACAUUGCUAUAUAUUUUACAUGUGGGUGGCAGGACAUUAAAACUGUAAGGGCUUCAGCAAAGUUUGAAGUUCUGUGAAUAAAGUAUAAAAGAUAUAAACUAUACAGAAAUAUGCUAGUACAAAUUAUACUCUAUGAAUAAUGUACCUUAGGUCACAAAACCUAGUAAAAAAAUUGCUAAAGAAUAUAAUAUCAAUAGAAAAAAAAUGUUACAAACCUAUUUAUCUAGUGUUUUCAGUUUACGCCUUGCCGCAUUAUUUGCACUGAAAAGCUUAUCAGUCCUGACUUUACAAUAGUUGUUCAGAAAUAUAUUGACUGAUGAUCUUUUAAUAUCCUUGAGGAUUUUCUCAGGUUCAUUAGAUUUUUCACAACUUUCUAAAUUUAAAAAGAACAUGUUUUCUCGGAGAACAUUUUCAGUAAGGGAGCACACAAUACCUCUCUGAUUAGCUGAGAACAGAAAAUCCUUUUGAAACGAGUUUUUGCACUAUAACAAAACAGAAAACAACUGCGUUCAAAACAUCAGGAUGAGGAGUAAGCAUUAUCGUCUACAGUUAAACUACUCUUACAAUAGUCACAGUUAAGUUUUUUCAUAACAGUAUAACAACAGUAACUUGCAAUAUAUGUCAGUAAUGGUAUUUCCUCUUUGACAUCAUUUACAUCUUCUUCAGAUACAGUAACAGCACAAGAAAACUUUUGGAGACUUCUUUCACUGGUGUCCGCUUCGUUCGCUUUAUUAUCCACUGUACUAAGGUGAAUAGGUAUACUUCCAAAUUCUGCAGACUUCACCAUUUGUGGCAAAAAGCUUUGCAGCCUAAGUUUUGCUUCUGUUUCAAAAACUUGUCUAAUCAAAAUAUUGUGUUGGCGACCAGCUAGGUAACAAUACUUUCCAAACCUACUUUCUAGUAAAUCAGUUUGGAUUUUGCCCGGUAAAUUAUAACUGAACUUUAAAUCUUCAAUGCAGUAUUUCGCCAUUUCAAGUAACGCAUACGUUGUGUGAAAGAGUGCGAAAUGAGUUUCCUUUGUCAGAAUACCAUUGGAGCAGUUGAGGUACUUCCAUUUAUCCAACCAGUCAAGAAAUUUAUGAAGAAACACAAACUUGAUGUCGUUCUCUUGCACAAUCAAGGGUUUCUGAAAUUCGUCAUUUUUGUGAACGCCUUUUGAAACGGUUUUUACGUUGACUACAGACCACUAUUUGCAGAUAAUGUUCAGGUACUCAGCCGUUGUUUUGUAAUUCUGCAUCGUGUUUUCUUUCCCGACAAUGUUUAGGGCUUCUGCAACACGUGUAUCAAAAAAUUAAAAAGCUAACUUCACAUUUUGGCGCUCUAAGUUCGUAGGGAAAAGUCCUUUUAACGUUAAGCCGUACCCAUAUUUGACUAGCUUGCACGAUUCAAUUUCAUGGAGCUUUCUUAUAACAGUAAAGAAAGCUGUCUGAACCAGUGUCAUAUUUUCAAAAUUGGGGUAAUACAUACACUGCCCAUCAUUCUUUUGGUUUAACCAGUUAUUUCUAAUGCAUUUCAAAAUGUGUACAGAAUCGAUGAAAAAAAAAAAAAUGUUCUUGACGGAUCAGCUGGGUUCUGGUACACAAUGCUAAGAUGUGAUGGUGUCGAAAAAUAGGACAUGGCUUUUUUGUUGAUGGCAUUGUUGUCAGUGACAACGGCUAUAACUUUGAUGCCUAUGCUCUCUAAACCACUAAUUAUUUUUUUCAGCAAACAAUCCAGAUCAUUUGCUGAAAGAGUUUUCACUGGUACAAUGUGAACAACAUCCUUGAGUUUCGACAAUAAACUAUGAAUCAUAAACACAAAUGCACUGGUCGCAGCAUUUUUCGAAUUGUAAGCCGCCCCACACAAGUUUCCACCUUUGUAAUCAAAGUUAGGCUUAAGAUGCACUUCAUCAAUCAAGAGAGUCACAAACUUCUCGUUUUCUUCUAGUACACUGACUUUUUGCUUGAUGUAGUUCAAAAAAUGUUCGUCGAGUUGCUCAUUUGCUGGGUCAUAAUCGAAAUUAGAACAAAGUCGAUUGAGAGUGUGAGAAUGUGGGAUAAUGAUGUUGCCAGAAUUUUACAGAAACUUGUAUGAAUGUGGUGAAAUGGAAUGCAACAAACUGCAGAGAACCAUAAAUUCAGGAGAAUAAUGAUGUUGUUGUUUAUCACAGUUUAGGUUUCGAACUUGCUCCACAAUAAAAUUUAUUUCAGAUUCUCUGGAAGGAAUAAUUGGAGGGUCUGAUGCCAUAGUGAACCAAGUCCAAUUUUGCCAUUUUUGAGAUAGAACUAAUUUGUAACUCACAAAGUGAUAUUCUUUCAUGUGCUAAAGAGAACUAGGUUGUAUCGUAAUUAGAGAGGAUGAAAAAGGGAAAUUUUGUUACAGCAUAUUGGACAAUUGUGAUUUUAUGUGGUUGGCAGAGUGAACCAGGUCUCAGAUAAAAUGGCGCUUAUGCAGGACAACGAAAACAAUCUGUUAACUAAAAACGGUGAUAAUCAUGAUGUGAGUGAUGAUUCAUUAGGUCUCUUUGAUGCAACAAGUGACGAAUAUAUUCCAGAUACUGAAAAUCCAACUAGUGAAGGUAAGUAGUAAUAAUAUAUUUUGUUAAAAUAGUUUUUGAAAUGGUUCAUUUUGUAGAUGGCUUUGCUAUUUGGUUCAUGUGCCAUAGUGUACCAUAUACUGAAAAUUGCUUUAGAGAGCGCUCUGUUGGUGUGAACAGUUACUACUUAUACACUGUUCACUUCUGGGGGUACAGAGUGCAGCACUUGCCUCUGAAACCUUGUAAGCAAGCGAUACAAGUGACGGACAAAUGUUGGUUCACUUUGGCACAUGAAGUAAUGCUCAUAACGCUAGUUCACUUUGGCUAAAGAAAUAAAUUUGGUUUUUACUCACCUGUGAACCAAAUGACUUAAAUGCUUUACCUCUUAAAAAUAAAGUAAAAUAACAUAAAAAAGGGAUAGUUUUGUUUAUUUGUUAAGACAAGUCUACAUAUUAAAUAACCAUGCAAACCAUACAAACAAAUAAUUGUAUAAGAACGGCACAAUCUUCUACACUAUCUAUAAUAAUUAGGGACCCUUUUAUUUCACGAAUGGUUUAUUCACGAAAUUUUUAUACAAGCAUAUAGGGUCAACAUACCAACAAUUUAUGUUAUUUUUAUUGUCUUACAAACCGUUUAUGCGUCGCGAAAUUCCGCGAAAUUUCACGAAAUUUGCCAUUUUUCUCGCUUUGCGCGAAAUAGGGCUAAAUUCCUCUAUUUCACGAAAUUUCGCACGAAAUAGUCCAUUUAAAAUCACUAUUUUUAAGAUUUGCGCAAGAAUAUGUUUACCAGUCAAAGAUAAAACUCCACACUACACGAAAAUAUUUUACAGAACGACGCCUAGGCAAAUCAUUUUUUCACUUUAUAAUUUGAUAAUAUAAGUAACUUCAUAUUUUAACGCCCUCGGGUUCAAGAAACGGGUUUAUUACGUUUAUUAACCUAACAAUAACACAACUGUUUUGUUUUCAUUCGUUGGCCAACGGGUUUCCUAAUGGCCAUAACAAGCCAUAGAAAAGAAAGUACAUAAACACUUUAUCAUUGCGACGCCAUGUUGAAUUUUUUAAUUUUUCGCUGUGAAUCUUUACUUUUUUCUUUCAAACCCCAUUUAUACGGAAAAAAAGUCUUAAUUUUCUAGAACAUUCACAAUAUAUCUGAAGUCAAUACCGAAUUACGGUAAUUUACAAAAAAAAAAAAAAAAAAAAAAACCAAUAAUUUUACCAACAUCGCGUCCUUCCAUACAAAAUGACGUCCUUGAUGUAUUGUGAAGAAAACUUACACACUUUAUCUCGUCUUCUCUGAGACGUUCGGAGAAACAUUUAUCUUUGGCUCAGAAACUCCGGGCUUGUUUGUUUUGAUGCUGCUUAUUGUUGAAUACACACUUUUUAUAUAUUUUUUUAGAUUGAAAACUGGAUUUAAGUGUUACUCUUGAAUUUAUAUAUUCAUACAUUUAUCUGAAACAGUAAUUUAGCUACUACUUUGCCCUCGAAUGAAGCAUGUAAUUUAAACAACAGUUAUACAAUUGCAAUUCGCCAUAUCUAAACGUGUUACAAGCGUUUAAAUCAUGCCGAAAAUUGUAUCAAUUUGCAACUGACGGAUUUUAUGUAUUUGAUGCAAAGAAUCAAAUAUUGAUGUGCAAAUUUUGCAACUUCCCAACAAGGGUUUAUAUUAAUAUUACAAUUUUAAAUGUGUAAAUGUUCAAGUGUUUAAAAUAGCAAGAUGUUUUCAAUAUUAUCUCAUAAUGAAAGUUAAAAUUUAACAGUUAAGUUAUUUUCACUUUUCCUGUAUUCUCUCCUCCCCCCCCCCCCCCCCUUACAUAAAUGUACUACGUGUUAAGUGAAACCAAUUUUAUUUACCGCUUUAUUAAAAAUUUUGACUUUUUACACCGCUUCUACUGGUUUUUUUAUACCGCUCUUACCAGGGGUUUUUACACCGCUUUCACUAAUUUUUUUGCACCGCUAUUGGUAGUUUUUAUUUACCAUUUUUCAGGGUCCCUAAUAAUAAUAAAUGCUAAGUGCUACGCAAUUAUUAUCAAUGAGAAAUGAAAAAUAUAUUUUAAUGUGUGACCGUCUAAGUUUAAAAUGCCUGUCCUAUUAACAAAAAACUCAUUAAGCAAAAGUGUAGCUUUUAAAGCAGUUCAUAUUACUGAAUAAUUGCUAUGUAUAUUUUUCCCCUGUAUUUAGUCAUAGAAUAGUUUGUUGCACUGUGAUUAUAUUUGCAAAAUGGUGGCAAUUUUUAGGAUUUGUAAUUACAAAAAUUAUAUAAUAUACAUAAUUAUUUUGUUACAUUUUUAAAACAUUACAGAUUUUGAUGCACCUAGAAAUUUGACUAACCAGCUGAAAAUAACUUGAGUCCUUUAUUUAUUAUGUGUACCUACUAGAAAUUUUUUUCAGUGAGUUGAUAAAAUGUUUUUCUUGUUGAGACUGUUAAACGUGAGUUCAAUGGUCAGUAGGUUUUAUCGGGGAUCUCUCGUCCCCCCUAUUAUUCUGGUAUUGCUCCGUACACUCAUUGCCCAAAUCUCUAAGUUAAAUAAUUUACUAUAGGCAUUUUGUAAUAUUGUGUUGUUUGAGUGGCUGACGAAAUAGAAUACGGUUUUAAGCAUUGUAUAUUAUUUGUUGCAGAUGAAGAUGGUGAACCAAAACAAAAAAGAAGAAAAAGACAUGGAGGUAAUCCAAGGAAGUGGAAGAAAAAUAUUCGCAAAAAUCGCGGCAACAGUGGCAAAUCUUACACUUCUGUCAGAGGUAAGAAAGUGCAAGCAAAGUGUUUCAGAAAUUACAUCUACAUAUGCAGAAAUAAGUGCAAUUCAAAACUUCACGUACAAGACAAGAAGAACUUCUACCUUUCGUAUUGGACAAAUGGAACAUUUGAGUCUCAAACAGCUGUAAUUGCUUGUUCAGUUAAAUCUCGCCCAAAGGUUAGUAACAAGGGGAAAAAAAGAUACAACAAAGAAAAGAACAUUCUCUCGUGAAUAUUUUAUUCCUUCUAAGAAUGGUGAUGUAAAAGUUUGCAAGGAAAUGUUCCUGCAAACCCUCAGCAUAGACAGUGCUCGUGUUCAUCGGGCAUUGCAGAAAAUGGCAAGUGGUAACAUUCUUGAUAAAAGAGGACGUCACACGCCAAGUAAAAAACUUUCUGCAGACUGCAUCAAGCAUGUUGAAGAUCACAUUUCCUCUUUUCCAGCAAAUUGUAGUCACUAUUGUCGUCAAGAUAAUCCAAAUAAGAAAUUCUUGAACCACAACCUAAAUUUAAGUAUUAUGUAUCGACUCUACAAAGAAAAAAUGCAACAGACUGACGAGAGCAACUAAAAUGUUGGUAGUAUUGUCAGCCAAUCAAUGUACGAAAAGAUUUUUUAUUCAAAGUUAAAUCUAGGAUUGAAGCCACCCCAUAAAGAUACUUGUAAGCUGUGCGACACCCUGGCAGUAAAAAUCAGAGCAACUGAAGCAGAACCAGACAGCGAACAGAAAGUUGCUUGCCUGUCUUCCCUGAAAACUGACACUGAAUUGCACCACAGGAGGGUGGAGCUAGCACGUACAUCAAUGCUAAAUGACAAGAAGGCUGCAAUAGAAGGUAAAUGUUCUGUGUUAACAUUUGAUUUGCAGAAGACUAUCAUGUUACCAAAGGUUCCAACAGGGGUAGUAUAUUACAAACGUCAAUUGGCUUGUUAUAAUUUAGGAAUACACAACUGUGCGACAUCUAAAGGGACAAUGCAUCUGUGGCAUGAGGGUGUUGCUGGUCAAGGUCCAGAUGAAAUUGGAUCUUGUUUGCUCAAAUAUCUGAGUACAUUUCCUUCGAUGGAAAGGCUUGUACUUUGGUCAGACUCGUGCGGAGGACAAAAUCGAAACAUUAAAUUAGUAGUCCUUUUGAUGUGCUUAGUGUCUGACCCCUCGUGUUCAAUUAAGGAAGUUACACAGAAGUUCGCCAUCCCAGGACACAGUUAUUUACCCAAUGAUAGUGAUUUCGGUCACAUUGAGAAGAAAAUGAUGAAGCAACAACAUAUCUUCACUCUUGAUGAGGUAAAGAAUAUCAUUGAAACCUGCAGAGUCAAAAAGGAAGCAUUUGAUGUGAUGAUAAUGAAAUCCUCUGAUUUUUACAGGUCCAACGAAAUAACACACGCGAUAACCAAUCGCAAACAACAUGAUGGUAAAAAAGUUUCAUGGUUGAACAUACGCGUUUUGCGUGUUUCAAGAGAAAAACCUUUCGUCAUGGAGUAUAAAUACAGCCACAAUGAGGAUAUCCAGUUUGAAGAAGUCAGUUUUGCUAAACGUUUGAAAGGCAUUCAGACACCAUUACACAAAUUGGUACUCAAACAGACUCAGCCAAAGCCUAUCAAAGAUGUGAAAAAGAAGGACAUAGAGUCCAUGCUGCCAUUUGUUCCCCCAGUCUACCACACAUUUUACCAUAGCAUCUUAGCGGCUACUACACAGACAGCUUCGACACUGUGCGCCACUAGAGAAAUAUCAAAUCAAGAGAAUGAACCAAAUGAGUCUAACACGAUUAACUGUUUACAAAGCUGCGCUGAAGACCCCAGCGUUCCCACAGAGACAGAAGACAGGGAAGAGUACUGGGAUAGUGAACAGUUUGAAGAAAAUGCAGACGAUGAUCCCACAUGGGAGAGGAAAAAUUAAUUGUUUUAUCCGAGCAAUAUAUGUUUAGCUUUUUUUUUAUAAAUUUAUGAAGGUCUUUUCAUGGUAGUAUUAUAUUUUACUACAGACUUAUCUGAAUACAGCAUUCUCACACAAUGAGAAGAGACACUUGAGUGUUUAUUUUUGGAAAGUGAGGAAUGAAAGUAAAACACGUAAAAUUAUCAUACUUUCCAGAAAGAAUAGCCAUUGCCUUUUACUUAUUGCAGAAUAUAUUUGGUAUGCGAUUUUAAAUCCAACAGCGGUCUGUGUAAUUAUACUGAACUAAUAUUAAUACAAACUAGUUCAGCUGAACCAAGUUUUUGAACCAACUUCAGUCUAGUUUAGUUUGCUUCGUAUGCUAUAAGGAACUAAGUUAAUUUUUUUGUAUUAUUGUUGUAUUUAUAUAGUUAAAAAUUAGUUCAAACAAAAAACCAAUCAUGUUCUUUAUUAUGAACUAGAUUAAGCAAGAUUAUCUAAAAAUAUAAAGAAAAUUACUUUGGUUCAUUAUGGCUUUAUUAAAUUAUGCACACUAACUCUUGUGCCAUUCUGAACUAAGUGGUGUAUUAAAAUUGUUUUUUAUGGCCUACAAUGUGUAAAUUGUUUCCCCGUUCUUAAUAGUAAGCUUACCUUUGACUAGAAAAGCAUAAAUAACCUAAUCAAUAAAAAAAAGAUUAUGUAUAUUAAUUCUAAAAUUCAGGGUUUGUGCCUAAACUAAAACAUCAAUUUCCCAACAUUUAAGAUUUUAUACUUGGUUCACUAUGGUAUCAGACCCUCCAAUUGAUCUAACUAUUGCUAACAUGUCGUUCAGAAGGCACAAAACAUUUGCUGCUCUGUCAUUUUCAGGUUCAUCAUUUUCGGGCUGAGAAAAUAUAUACUCCAGUGUGUUUAAAAUAUUGAGAAGGUCACCGGUGUUGUCAACACUGUGCGGAAAAGAAAUGUUUUUUAAUGAAGCUAGCAGUACAUUUUUUACAUGUGCUGAAACUUUACAAUCUGAAUUAAUUAUGACAGAUAUGUGUACCUUUGGCAAAGGCUCAUAGACGAAGUUUGCACACAUAAUACUUGAGUCGGUAUGCACAACGGUCCAGUACGUUCCUAACGACUGACAUCAGGGUGUCUACUGAAGUGACAAAAUCAAUUUUAGUGACUUUUUAGAGACCUUUUCAGUGACCUUUACUGACCUAAAUGGCAACAAUUUUUUUUUUCGGAUUUUUUUACUUUUUACUAUUGACUAAACUAAUUGACACUUUUACAAAAAAAAUUACACAUUAGGCUUAACAUUUAUGCCUAAAAACUACCAAUGACCACCAAAAUUUAAAAGGACAUGUUAUCCGAAUGCAGAGCUGCCUACCUCAAAUCACACCUAUCAGUAAUUACAAUUAUAUGAAAAAAGUACGCGUAAAUCAUGCACGAUAAAUUUUUCCUGAGGCAUUAUGACACACUCAUGAGAUAAAACAAGGACAUUAAUAAGCAAAAAGAAAAAGAAAAAUAUAGGCCUAUGUAUAUGAAUAUAAUGCAAAUUAAUGAAUCGAAAAAAAAAAACUUUUUGAACAAUACAAACUGAAUAUGUAAGAAAUGUCAACUUUACUGGAAAUUAUGAAUCUUCAAUUCAAAGUAUUCAAAGUUAAACUUUAGAAAAACUGUCUUUUAUUUGCUUCUUUUAUCCUAAUUGGAAAAGAACUGUCAUGUAAACAAACACAAGGACUUGUAAACAAUAACCCUGCGUUCGUUACUUUCGUUUCUUCAGAUGUAGCGAAAAAAGGAAGAUAUAGAUUUAUUGCUCAUCAUGGCUAUAAAAUUACCCACAUGUUUCUUUGAUUCAAUAUUCCGUCUACAGUCAUCCCUUCCACCAUGUGCAAUCGAAAAGUCACACGUACAUACAUUACAAAACGCAUGGCGUUCCAAACAUUUGAAGACAACAAGCAUGGCCAUUCUUUUGAAUAUUUAAGUCGAAAGUUCUGAAGAAUUGCGUGUUUUUUCCCCCCAGAUACACAUUUUUCUGUCACGCGAUUCAUUUCUACAACCGGCACUGAAGAACACACUAUCGAAAAGCAUAAAACAUUUUCACUUCUGUAUACAUGACAAAAACCCUAUGAUGAAAAAAAUGGCUUUCAAACAAUAAAUUAAAACAACACAGGUUAGCCAAAGUACCGUAAAAAAAAUUAUGAUGUAAGUAGCCUUCAAACGAAAAGUCUGAGAAUAUGUACUAGUAGUAUCGUACAACGGACGUAAUACCAUCCCAUUAUUAUUUCAAAACACGAGAAUUAAUCCACUUAUUUCGACAGUACAUGCGCACACUUACUAGUUCCGUUAUUUGCGCAACCAAGCGAUGUAUUCAAACUGCGUUCACAAAACACGCACAGCAGAAACUGAAUUUUCUCCGUUACCAUGCAGCACAAAGUCUCGUUUCCGUAAUAAACCAGCGAUGUUCCGUAAUUCCGUAAUUCGGUGUUAAAUCCAUAAUGGUUGGCAGCUCUGUUAAUGAGAGAUUGUGUAUUUACUAUACUUAUAUGGACGCGGAGGCGGAAAGCAUCGUUAUCGUAACAAGUUGUACGUACUAGUAUACUGUAACAUCUAUUGUUUGAAAACCUCUGAAUCCUCGUACAAAUGAGACUUUUCAUACUUCAGGCAAUGCUAGACUCGUACGGCCUGUGUCCUAAAAAACGAAACAUUAAAACGAACAUAGCACGACAAUCAGCUUGACAUAGCAUUGAAUUUCACCACUGCGUUUCAUGGUAUCUUAUUUCAGCACUUUGUUCUUCUAUAGCAGGCCAAACAUACUAAAGAAAGAAAAAUACGUCUGUGCCAAUUACACAGUAACUUAGUGUCCAAUAAAUACACGUGAAAAUACGUAAAUAGAAAAAUUUUUCGUGAGCCUGUAUUGAAUUCCGUGACUUUUUAGUGACUUCGUGACCUCGCAUCAAAAUUCCUUACUUUCGGGACUUUUGUGACUUGUAGACACCCUGGACAUUCAAGGCAGGAUUUCAGUUCCACGAGACUACGGAAUUUAUUUUUUGAGUCGUAUUCUCUUUUUUUUUAAACUCGCUUCGAUCACAUGUUCAACCGCUUCCAUUUCAAGGCGUGCUCCUUUCUUAUUUGGAGACUCUCUUGUAGAUACUGAUGGAAGGGUUUUAAGAUAUGAAGGACCACCUGGAAACUGACUUGGUAUUGAUCCUGGUUUUAAUCUAAGGUUUGUGAGAGGAGCUGAUAUAUUUUUUCCUGCUUUUUCAUCAAACAUUUCUGUCUCGUGUAGAAUUUUGUGAGACCGGAAAUGUAAUUCACAAACCUGAAAAUAAAAUAUUCUGUGUAAUUAUUCGUGAUUACGAAAUUUAUAUAUUAUAAUAUUUUAAGGUUUUGUAAAACAGAUCUCAUAAAACAAAAUGAAUCAGAGAAAAUGCUAUUUCUGGCAAUGAAAUUUAGGUGUGUUGGUAAAAGAGAUCCAUUAUUUACGUUUAUCAGACUGACUAAGAAUUAUAUAUAUUAAUAUAUUGGCAACUUUUUCUAAGCUUAAAAAAAUUAGGUACCAUAGUGAUUCCGUAAUGACAUGCAAUACAGUGUUAUGCUAUAUAACAGAUAUUUAAUAAAUAUAAAAAUUACCAACUUAAUCUGGGAUAAGGUGUUAUGUGUUACUUCCAGUCACCCACGUUAAUUUGUAUGUAGAUAUGGGGAUAUUAAUUUUUUUACAUACUACUUAACAUAUGUGCCAAUAUGAUUAUGACUGCUCCAAAUGUUUGGUGUUUUAAAAAAAGGUUAUCACUUAUAAGCGUAUUUUUUAAUGUAUAAGAACAAUUAAAAGAAGGCCUAACGAAUAUUUGGUAACAAGAGCUCUUAACCAAAUGAAAAUCAGCUCAAAAUUACUUUUAACAUUUGGUAAAAAAAAUUAUAAAGAUGGUGAGAUAUAAUGUAAUUUGGCAUGUGAAAGUUUGCGUACACAUAUUGAAAAUCUACAAGAAUUUAAUUUACUGUAGAACUGCGGAAUAUAUUAUUAAAGAUGAGAUAAAACUUAAAAAGAAUGGCUGACAUAACAUAAAACUUAUAACGCAUAAGUUCUACCAAUAUGAGGCCAAUUUUAAUUGUAAACUGAUUGCACAGAAUAUUGAAUUGCUAUAAUGACGUACUGGUUUUGUCAUUUAAAUGUGCAAUGAAACCACCGAGUAUUAUAACGCAAUCUUUGAGUGUCGUAAAAGUAAACUGUAUUUAAAUUCGAUCAUUUUUUUUAAAUAUUGUGUGGGCAUAAUAAGUAGUUUGCCAAUGAAAAUUAGUUUUGGUAACCGUUCUUUACGGCAAAGUAAUUUUCCAGUAGGUUACUGCAAAACAAAAUAAAUUUUAACUAAAAAAUAUUUGACAAAUUUUUACCUCCUGUCCGAAAGGGUGGGAGGACAAGGUUUAGAAUCUCAGAGAUUUGGUUCAAAAGUUCGUGAAAUAAAAAUUUUUUUGAUGGACAAAACUUGUAACAUCACACAAAUGAUCAGACUUGACAAACUUCUGAGGUAUUACUGGAUGACUAGCACAAUGAGUAGUGCCCAAGGUGUCUGUGAACAGAAUAAAAAGAUUAAUAAUAUUGGAUCACUUAUACAAUUUACACAAAUUUAAUUAGUGACUUUUUCUAAAGCAAACAGCAAUAAAUAUCACUGUAACCAACGAACGCCAAAUUAUUAGGUUCCUUACAAUUCACGUUUUUGGCACAUUCCAAUAUUACGUUAAUUAUCUUUACUAGCCUUGAAUUUAACAUUGCCAAACAAUAUCAAUUUACCGUUAUAAAAUAAGGCAUGCUAAAGAAUAUAAUCAAGGACAACUGAAAUGAAAUUGCUUAUAGCUUACAUAUUUCCUGUAACUUGGUUACACAGUUUAUGAAAAUAUUGAUUAAAUUCACAAAACAUACACUCUCACCAUGGUAUGAUUAAAGGAAACAAUACUUUAAUGUUAUCAAACAGUUUUCCUGGUGUAAGUGUGCAUAGUCUCCGUCUUACUUAUUAUACGUCUCACCUGACCCAAAUUGCAAAUUUAUUACACUAAAAUGUUUAUUUUCUUGCACACACAUUUUGUUAUAGGCAGCGAGUUCUAUUGAAAUAUCUCCCGACUAGUGACAGCGGUACUCGUAUUCCGUGGUGCUCCGCCAAUAUUGCGGCGAGUAUUCUUUUAUUUACUUGCGUUGGUAGGUAGCUGCCUCCUGGAGAACUCAGCAGACAACCUCGCUGGUAGCGCGCCCGUUACAUCAGUUGAAUGGGCAGGGAGGUGUGACAUAUAUUUUGACUGAAAGGUGUUCAUCUGCUAUAGCAUCCCACAUAACCUCAAUGUGUGGCAUUGGAAGUUACCCAAGGACACUAUAACACAUGAAAGUUUCAGAUAUGUCGGAUCAUUUACAUUUGCUGUACUAUGUUAUUAUGUAUUAACGAAAGGAUUAGUAUAAAUUAAUAUAGAGAAAUGAGAACAUAUUGCCCUUUACAACCAAACAAUAUGUAAAGGAAUUAAUAAGACAUAUUGAAAUAAACCACUGGGAAACAAAUAACACAAAUAUCAGAUUGGUGCUGGUUGUAAUUAUAGGCCUUUAUAAAAACAACAAUGUAAAACAAACAUUGACAAAACAAUUAACAUAUUAACAAAUGUUAUUGAGUAUUAUAUAUUAAGUAACGAGCUCGUGAACAACUAGGUACGUACCAAGUAUUUAUAUUAGAUUUAAGUAAAAACAGGUUAAGUUAAUCAACAAAUAUUAUUAAAAAAAUUAAUUCAUCAAACAAUUAUUAAAUUAUUGAAGUCUUCUUAUAAUUCUUUCUUCAGAAUGAAAAUUAAUUGCCGGAAAUGUUCCAAAGUGUAGAAAUCAAUAUGAUUUCGUUGAUUCAAGUUCAAUAGUAGAAACUUGCAUGAUGAUCACGCAGAAGUUGAAUACAGUUACAUAACCUUAAAAUAAUAAUAAUGAAAUUUCUGGCCUUUGUUUUGAAGAGGUCAAUUCCCAAAAAUGAAUUUAGAUUCCUGGAACACCAAAGCCAGGAUGAGGCCCAUGACUCGAACCGCUAUGGAAUGAAACCACAAGAAUAUUAACCUCCAAACAUAAAACAUAAUUAUCAUGGGAUACACUUUUCCCACAGACGAAACAUUUACUCACCCAAAACGGCGGUAACAGAUAAGUUAUUACAUUUUGUGGUGGUUUUUACAUCCGCACCAAAAAUUACAUGCCAAAUGGCCGAAAAGAAAUUGAAAAGGGCAAGGUAAGUCUUUUUCGUUUGACACGACAGAAAUCAUAGAGUUUACAUUAAGUAGAAUUAUACAAACAAAACAAAAUAUUCAUAGAACCAGUAUUGUAGUAGUGUUUCCCUUACACAUUUGAUUAUAAUAGAAACAAACACAUUUAAGACAUUAUUAAUUAAAUAGCUACACAAAACUUUAACAUUAAAACAAUGAAAUAUGUAAAGAUAAAUAAAUAUUAAAUACAAUCUUUGCAUAAAAAUAUUAAAAUUUUUUUAACAUGAGAGAUUAAAAAAAAUGUGAAUAAAUUAAUUACCUGCUCAUAAAAUCACGAGUGCCAUACCUAGAAACGGCACAGAGGUUCUGGAUAGAAGCCUGACACGGAGUUGGCGACGUCUAUGUGGCUCGCCCUGUCAGUCGUUCUACGGCUCCUACAAAGUAACUGUGUACUGAUGGUUAAAAAGAAAAGGUCGUUACAUUGACCUGCACUGUUCAGGUACUUAGAGAAAUGUUCAGUCAAAUCCAGUUACGUAAAGGAUUCGUUGGUUAUGGACGUGUCAGUUUGUUAGGUCACGGUAAUCAUCAACGUACUGCUGGUUGGUACAAUUUUAGUUUAUGCGAAUGGCCUCGACCUCUCCUCCGACAGUUGCCACACUGCACCACUGCCGUAUUACUAUCAGAUCCAGUCAAACACUUCCAUUUCCCGUGACCUUCACGAGACAAUUUCCCUUUAUUCUACAGACGAGGGAAAACUUCUGUUUCCUCACUCUGCGAAAAUAUUCUAAGUCCCUCGUGGACUUGUGUUUUUUUCAACUAGGUUGAAAAUAAUUUCAGACUCCCUUACGGACUUAGUUUCUGAUGGCGUCUCUUACCGUAUUUUCCUGCUGAAGUGAUCGGCACGUCCGCGGGCAGCGUGACGAAGGAGGUCGUUGGUGCGGGUCGUGGUCACCGCAAGUUCACGCAGCCGGGCGAGUCAGAGACUGACUGCAGAAGCGUUGGCUGGGCCCGUAUAUAUAGUCUGCCGGGCCCCGACCAAGGAACAAUCUGGAUACCCGCGACGGAAGUACGUCAUGUUGGUAGUUCCCGGACGAAGCCGGGCGGAGUCGAAGCGGCCCCGAUGCAUUGCCGGCUGGCGCGCGCCCCUGUGCUGCGGUUGGUAUAUAUCAGAAGGGCAGGGGCGCUGUCUGGUAGUCUUUAUAGUUACGCAGUGCGAAACUGCGUAUAAAAAUGUCCACUUACGAAAAUAAAGGUGACAGCCUAUUGUGAAUUAGAGUUAAAUUAUCUUAAUAUGUGGUUAACUAUCAACCAAUAUCUAACAAUAAAUAAAUUAGAUAAAUACAUGUCAUUUUUAGACUGCACUUUUAUUUACUGUUAAGUAUUAUCGUAAUUUUUUAAUCAUUACUAACAAACAAUACAUUUUAAAGAAAUUUUCAACUAUUUUUAUGUCAGUAAUUACAUCAUUUUACAUACCCUACAUCAGGCGUUAUAAACGACAAAUGGUUAAACUGUUGUCUGCUUAAAAAAACAUAGAAUUUGUUCAAUACGAUGGAGAAGAAAAAACUGAGCUGUAAAUUAUGUUACAAAAUGUAAAGCUAAAUAUUUGACUGUAAAGCCGGAAUUACAAUAACCCGUCGCGUCCGGCCGUCAUCCGUUCGUCCGUCAGUUGCAGAGCGAUUUACAACACUCCGUUUAUCCGUUAAAUAUAUUAAACCUUAUACACGCUGCCAACUGUUAAAACACCUUCGAUUUUGGAAGAAAUUUACCUGGUAUGAUUAGGUUAGUUUGUUAAUAAUGUAAGCUAUGAGCUUAUAGCUCAUUAUUAGGGAUGGUGAUUUUUCGUUUUCGCGAAAUAGAUGCGAAAAUAUGCUAAAUUAUAUUUUUUCCGCUAUAAAAUGCGAAAUCAAGGUAAAAAACGUAGAUUCGUCUUCACUCUACACAAUUUAUUUACCGAUUGUAUUUUGUUUCAGUUCAUUAUCAAAAGAAACCAUAAUUUUAUGACGUAUUCAGCACAAGUAUCUUAUUGUCACGUAAUUCACAACACUUUUGUUCGUAAAUAUUGAAUGAAAAAUGGCCAUCCGUGCCUCGCGAUUGUAAACAAAGCAAAGAACAACUAGCUGGAAGAGUGUCCGUCAUCUUGCAGAGUACAAGUUUUUAGGCCACCAUAUUGCGACAUCUCUGCUUCGCCGAGCCCAUUUUCUGUCUGUGUUUCACGUGAAAGCCGUGUUCUUGUGUAGUCUGUGGAAGGUGGUGUGUUUACAAAUACGUGCAUACACGUGAAUGUGUUGUAUACUGUUAUUUCUCGUGGUAAAACUGGGACGAAACGUAAUUUCCAUUCGCGAUCGCAUAAAUGAAUACAAACAUGAACAGUUCUAUGGAAGUGAUACGAAUAUUUUAAUGUGCAUAUGUAAUCGCCGUCUGGAGUGGAAAUGAAGAUGUACUUGAAAAGCACAUUAAAUUUGAGGGACGUCAGGCUGCAAAAAAAAGAUUCUCCGAGAAAUCGGAUGAAGGAAAAAAGUCGGUAAACGGCAAGCAACAGUUUCUGGCAUGAUCGAAAACCAAAAGGAGGCAAAAAUUGAAAAAACGAGUUUCAAUAACAUUAUUUGUGCACUCUACAUCAACUAUGGCCAUGAAAACGGCUAAAAAAUAUUUACUGUAAUUUUAAGUAUUCAAUCUAUUGCACUCAUAAGUGCUAAAAUGUUGUUUGGAAACCUGCCAAGAUAGGCUAUCUUUGUAGUUGUGUUAGAUCUUUAUUUCUGUUGUUGUUAAUAAUUAAUAUGUGUAUUAUUAUUGCUUUAUAAAAUAUACUUUUCUUCAUUAAUGUAAAAUGAGAGAAUUGGCUAAAUCUUGUUUUUAAAAAUGCUACAAAAUGCUAAAUUUCAAAUUCAAAAUGCUAAAUGUUAUUAUUUUAAAUGCUAUAAAUCACCAUCUCUACUCAUUAUAUACUAUCUUUUUCACUCCAGCAUUUAUUUAAACAUUUUCUGCGCUACCUAGCGUAAUUAUUACACUUUUGUAAGUCGGGCAAUUCUUGAAAACGUGUUCAAAAAUGUUUGAAAAAAAUUUGUAAGCAUCUAAAAAACUAAACAAACUUUAGUGUCCAUAAUUUGUAAAAAAAACUUGACACGCAAAACACUUGCAGACAUUUGGUUGUUAUAUUUCAUCUGUCCGUCCGUAAAAAGUAUGACGUUACCAAACUUUUGACAAACGGAUGAAAUUUUUCCAGCCAUCCUAUUGGCCGCAGGUCACGUGAUUGACGGACGGAUGCCGGAUGGUUGUAAUUCCGGCUUAAGAAUAAAAAAUAAAAUGUCCCCAUAAUGUUAAAAGCUCCUGUAGCAAAACAAAAUUUUACAAGACCUUCACUAUUGAAUUACCACUUUUCAAAGGCAAUAGCUGAAUUACAUAUUUCAGCUAACUUUAUGCUUUUGCCACUUGAUAACAAAAUAUGAUUUACGACUAAUACUAAUUAUACUAGUAACCCAAAUUUAUAUGUUUCUCUUUCCCUGCAGUACAUUAAAACAGUGAAGUCUACUGACAGCCUAAAAAAGAGUGCUGUCAUCAUCAUAAUCAUAUUAAUAGAGUACAGUACUAAUUAUCUUCUCAAUCAUCAACUAUCUGUUGCCAGAUGCCUAAUCCAUCACACUGCUGUAUGCUUCAACUGUAUAACCCUGUCUCGGCUCAUAAGCAUAGCCACUGCGGCUGUGUGGGAUCCCGAAUUUCGGGAAGAAUUUCUGGGGGGCAUUACUUUUUUCCAGUCGUGAGGGAAUGAUAUUUUAUUCGGUAUGUUCAGGAAUUUUAACAUUAUUCACGUUUAAAAAAUUCGAACUUAUAUCUGCAUCUUUGUAUGUCAUUUAGCCUACAACUAAACAACAGACAACUUAUUUGAUAUUAUUUUACGGAUUACGAAUGUGAGAAAUAUAUAACCAAAAUUUUUUGUUAUCUUAAAUUGUAACAGGCAUGGAUCAGCCUAAAAUGCUGCGCUGAAAAGACAAUUUAUUGGUUUUCCCCUUUCUUGGCAUUUUCCAUGUAUACAGCAUGUGUUGGAAUAUUAUAUUCGUAAUAAUGUUUGUGUUUACUUGAAUAAAAUGAGUUAAAAAGUUCAAAAUUAUGUUUCCUUGUAAAUUCUCUUAUGAAAACAUGAUGAAGACUUGGGUUAAGAACUACUUUGCAAGAAAUCACUAUAAACUAAAUUCCAAGAGCAAGACGUGCAGUAAAAAUCUUUAAAUAAACUAUGGUAGCACAUAGGUAUGGGUCGGUACCGGUUCUCGGUUCUCAGCAUUUUAACCGGCACCGAGAACCACAGCUAAAAUGUCGGCGCCUGUGCCGGUGCCGGUGCCGGUGCCGGCAGUAUAGCAAAACCCUUUACGAAAAUAGUCCUUCACUACAACUUAACUGCAGCAUGAAAUGGCUCAACUCACGUCCAAUUCACAUAUGAAUUAUUUUUUUGGACUUCUGUGGAAUAAUGUUCAUCUCUAACUCUAACUAUUGUUGCAGAGUGGUGCCAGCAACCAGACCUUGAAAGGCCAACUGAAAAAGAUGUUACUUUACCUGACAAAAAAUAAAAUAAUAAUAAUAACACUAGUAACAUUGCCAGCGUUCCGCAGGCUGUGGUACACACCGAAGAAAGAGAGGUGCUUGUCCUUUUGGAAUGGGCAACUCCAAACUGUGGCUCAAUUUUACCAGAGUGUCGGCCAGCCGGUUCAUGUGGCCGACUUUGCAGCAGAGGCAGCAAGCAUGCGGAAGACCAUAUACACGAGGUAUUUUGCAUAUUAUUAUUAAGAUGGAUAAACAAAAAGACAUUACUCAAUUUUUACCUAGGUGGCAUACUAAGUGACAUACGACAAAGAAACAUUUUUUUAGCACUAUUUCUUAAGGGCUCAAAACUAACUUAUAUUUAAGAAAAAAUUUACUAUGCUCUGGUUUUUUUUUUUUUUGUAAUGUACGUUGUUCUUUUUGUCGUUAAUGGAAUAUGAAUGUUUGCUGUAUAAGGGUAGAAGUUACUUGUGUUAAGUAAAGUCGUGGUUGAGACUUAGCAAAGAGUUUGUUAUUAAGGCAUUUUUGCUGUAAAUACCUAUGUUCACUAUUUAUUGAUUGUACUUUUAACGAGUGUAUUUAGAGUGUGUCUAUUUGUACACCUGCAUGUUAAGUUGUACUACAUGAGCUUUUUACUCCAGUGUAAACUGUUGAUAAUCUUGCUACAAUUAUUUUAUGUAGAGUAACCUAGUAGUGUUAUUUUUUAAUUUUUUUAAAUUUAAUAGAGAUGGACUACAUCUUAACCACCAAGGCCUCUACCAGUUGCGGAUGAUGGUGAAGUCAAUAUCAUAGUAAGACUACAUAAUAAUUAAAUUGAUUUG